UCAAUUCUGAGCCUGGCCUCUGAUUCAAUUCUGAGCCUGACUACUGGUUCAAUUCUGAGCCUGUCUACUAGUUCAAUUCUGAGCCUGACUGCUGGUUCAAUUCUGAGCCUGGCCUCUGACUCGAUUCUGAGCCUGGCUACCGGUUCAAUUCUGACCCUGGUCUCUGGUUCGAUUCUGAGUUUGUCUACCGGUUCAAUUCUGAGCCUGACUACCGGUUCCAUUCUGAGCCUGGUUUCUGGUUCCAUUCUGAGCCUGUCUACUGGUUCUUUGCCCACGGCUAUUGGAUGUUCCUACGAUGGAUCUGUAGCUUCGGGUUUUAUUGGAUAUUAUUAUGACUACACUACUCCUGAAGAUGUUCUGACGUACCUUGAAGGUGACUAUAAAGGAAAUGACUUAUUGUAUACUAGAGAAGGAGUGAUUGAUGCUGAUGCCGUCAUUAGCGAUGAACUCACUCUAGAUUUGGAAGGUUACUUUAUUCCACCUGAGAGUGGUAAUUAUUCAUUUGAGUUGAGUAAUGUGGAAAGUGCUGCAGCGUUAUUCAUUGGUGCUGAUGAAGGUGGUUCUUGCGGAAGCUCAUUGAAAAAGAGAGCUACUGCAUCUCCCUUAAUUAUUGAAGGGCCAUUAGGAAGUGGUAAGGUAGCAGUUGAACUUGUUAAAGGAGUCUACUACCCCAUUAGUAUCGUUAACAAUUAUCUUGGUGGAGACGAAUUUAUUGAAUUUAUCAUGCUUGGGCCACAGGGACAAGUUCUCACCAUUCCUGAUACAAUUGUGUAUAUCGCUGAUGUAACAGCUAGUGUAUCGUCUUCAAAUUCGGGCUCAAAGACUUCCUCGAUUGCAGUAGGAACUGCAACAACAACUAUAACUUCUACUUGGACAGGUGCCUAUACAUCUAGCACUACAGAGAUCAUUUCAGGCACUGAGUAUGUCAUUGUUGACGUUCCAACUCCUGUUACUACAGUAACAUCUACUUGGACCGGCUCUUAUAUGACAACGGUGACUAUUCCAGCCUCGAGUGGUGGUACUAAUACUGUCAUUGUUGAAGUGCCUUCAAGCACCAAGACCUCAUACUUUUCACUGGUAAACUACUGGAACAGUAGUUCAUUAAUCAUGCAAAGUAGUACAGUUACCUCACUAUCAGUUUCUUUGACGUCUUCCUAUCCUAAUGUUGUGCUGACUUUACUGUCAUCUAGGAAUACGUUCCCUACAAUCACUCCAUCUGUCUCUUCUGGCUCGGAAACUUCAAGGAAAUCAAUUUCUAACGUUGAAUCAAGUACAGAAUUAAACCCUCACACAGAGGUAACUUCAACUACAGAUGGGUACUCGCCUCCAUUGUCAACCCAGUAUAGCAUUCCACAACUGCAAGAAGAUGAAAGUAGUUCCAAACAAUCUUCAAUCGCCGCUGCGAGAGGUACUCAAAGUAUCAGGUCAGUUACAGAUUCUAAUAGUCAGUUACCAAAUGGUGUUUCUACAAAUUCGGCGGUGGGCUCUUCCCCAACAGAAAAUGUUCCCGCUCCUUCAGGUACGAAUACCAAGUUCACCUCUGAUGCUGACAAUACAUCCUUAGCAGCUAACUAUGGUACAUCACCUGUGGGUUCAGGCACUGAUGCGAUACCAGCUGUAUCACCUUCAGUAUCAACUUCAGUAUCAACUGAAUUUGUCACAGGAAGCAUCCCUACUUCCACAAAACCUUCAAGCAUCUCAUAUGAAGGCAUAUCUUCAAGAGUUUCAAUUUCGAAGGCUUUAUUGUUUUCAAUUUUACUAAGCUACUUCAUUUAG